CCCGGGCAGAGACCACAAUUCAAAACUUUCAGCACGCAGUCGAGCUCUCAAGUGUGGAUGCAACACACGCUGCGUUUGGGAUCGUGUGUGUUGCAUUUUGUCGGCUUAGGCCUUUUAAUUGUGUCACUAAUGAGCCGCAUUUAUGUUAAUCUCGGCACCCGGGUUGCUGUCUAAGCCUUUCAAGCGCUCAGCCGCCGCCGACGGCUGCUCCUGGCUCAGUUGGAACGCAUCUUUAUCUCGCGCUGUGAAUUAACAUACAACAUUCAAACACUCAAAAGCCAAAGACACACACGGACGGCAUUUGGUCUUUGCUGCUUUUUUUUUUUUGGUAGUUUUCACCUGCUGCGCCGUUUAUGGUUAUUGCCGCAAUUUCGUUGUGACAGUCGGAGGCGCUUUAUCAUAAAUUAAAAAGUCGUGUAGUUGGAAACCGCUGGACCAACUGCCCGUAGCGACUGAUCGUGUGGCUGCCGCUGCCGCUGCUGUGGCAUCUUCUUUUGCAUGCGGAGAGUGUCAGUGUUAGUGCGUGUGCGGCUUAGUGCUGAUGAAUGAGGCUGUUGAGGUUGAAGCCAAAUCUGUGCGCUGAGUUAUUUGCAUGAAUGAAACACUCAGUUGCUCUGGGUGAUAAACGAGCUUGAACGCGUUCGAGAGCCGCAAGCGAACUGUAAACCAAUCUUGACCAUCUCUUGCGAUGACUUAAUUUUCAAAAGCGCGGACAAGCGUGCGUCAGGUGCUAAUUAGCAUAUGAACAAAUACAAAUACAAAUACAAAACGCGCAUAUAUUUCGGCAACUUUAGUUUAUUGCCUAAACAAUUUGUUAUUAGUUUAUGGCCGGCUGCCACUUUCCGGCUGCGGUUUCCAAUUCAACAAACGGCACAUAAAAUUUACAAAACGUCCAAAGUGCAUAAAACAAACAAUAACUAAUAAUAAUACUAUGCCCAGUGUAUUAUUGUAAUUGUGCAAGGCUCAGCUGAAAAAUACUAAAGCCAAGUGUUCGAUGGCAACAUCUAAGAUUUCAAAUCACCAGCAGCAGCCGCACAUAUUUAGUGUGAAAAGAAUAUGAUGAUAGUGGCAUUUGUGUUUCGUUUCGUUGUGUGUUGCUUGCGUUCUUUUGUACGGCGUAGUCAUGUGGAAAAUACAUAACAAACUCUUGAUAUACUUGCUCUGGAUUAUGGAAAUAAGAUUAGUAUCCAGCUUUACGUCCGCCAAGCUCUGUGGCCGCAUACCGGGCAUGACAACGGCGCAGCGACAGCUCUGCAGCGAGAUGCCCGAUGCGCUGAUAGCGCUGGGCGAGGGUCACCAGCUGGGCGCACAGGAGUGUCAGCAUCAGUUUCGCGGCCAUCGCUGGAACUGCUCCGAGGUGUGGCAGCGCAAUGCCUUCGCGCAUGUGAUACCCAUAGCUUCCAGAGAGGCUGCCUAUACUUAUGCCAUAGCUAGCGCAGGAGCGGCUUAUGCAGUGACUGCAGCAUGCGCCAAGGGCAACAUAUCCGUCUGUGGCUGCGACAUGCAACACAAGACGGGGCAGGGGCAAGCCAAAGCAGAGAACUGGAAGUGGGGCGGCUGUUCUGCGGAUGUGGAAUUUGGCAUGAAGUAUUCGCGCAAGUUUAUGGAUGCGCGUGAGCUGGAGCGUGAUUCGCGCUCAUUUAUGAAUCUGCAUAAUAAUCGCGUGGGGCGCACGCUGGUGAAGAAGCUGCUGCGCACUGACUGCAAGUGCCACGGCGUCAGUGGCUCGUGUGUGAUGAAAACCUGCUGGAAGAGCUUGCCGCCGUUCCGCCUGCUUGGCGAUAAGCUAAUGCAAAAGUAUCAAAAAGCCAAAACUGUUCAAGCCAUAAAAGGCAAACGUGGACUGAGAUUAGUGUUAAGCAGAAGGAAGCACAGCCGAGCAGCAGCUGCUGCCGCCGCCGCCGCCGCCGCCGGACAGAAACCGGCCAUAGUUGCGCCCAAGCGCUUGGAGCUCAUCUAUCUGGAGGCAUCGCCCAAUUAUUGUGAGCGCAGCAUACAGACUGGCACGCUUGGCACUGCGGGCCGACCCUGCAAUCGCACCGGUCACGGCCCCCAAAGCUGUGAUCUGCUCUGCUGUGGGCGUGGCCACAACACGCAACACAUACGACGCACUAGUCAAUGCCGCUGCCAGUUUCGCUGGUGCUGCGAGGUGAAGUGCGAUCAAUGCGACGAGAGCUAUGAGGAGUUCACUUGUAAAUAGACAGUCGGCGUUUAGAUUGCAAUGUGAAACUUGCUAUGUAGUAUUAUUUAGUUAGCAAUAGCCACUAGUAUUAUAUCGAAUGUAUUAAUGUACACACAC